AUGAUUCCAGCUACAUCCCUACUACACUUCCUGGAUUUCUAUGACUGGAAAGUUCAAAGCAAGGACAAAAUCUACCAGGACUCACAAUCAUCACCAUCUGUCUCGUUGCCGUCAACACCCAAAAGCCAGAGAGACUUGAAGAGAGUCGCCGAGCCCAAAGACCUUCCUUACAUUUCUCCCAUUGAAUAUGUUUACGAUCCAGUACCAGAGGCUCUCCACCGUCUUACCAACUUGCUGCCCCUCUCUUUCCCACACUACGCUUCAGCCAAUUGUGAAUAUACAACUAGAAAUAGCGUACGCGUGAAUCCCCGCGCUGCAGGACUUCCGUAUCGUUCGAGAUUUGAGCUCAUCCGCGGAAACAAACACUGGAAAGCAAAUCUCGACGAGACCAGGAAGAUGCUCGAACUGAUCGCUGUGGAUAGCUCUAGCACGAGUAUGGAAAUGAGGAAUGGGUUCACGCUGGCCGGGCUUGCUAAGAAAGAGCUGCGUCCGGGGUUGGAACAUCGGGUGGUACUUGCAACAUCUUACAUGUACCCCAAUGCAAAUGAGAGACGAGCUAGAAUAAUCGCCGCAGUAAUGUUGAUGCUUUUUAUUUUUGACGCUGGUGCUAAUAAAGAGAAGCUCAUGAAUUCGAGAGAGCAAUUUCUUUGCCAUUUCAGAAGUCCAAAUGAUAUACUACCAUCGGAUUCAGUCACCAGCGACUUCCAACGUCACUUGAAGUUUACCGUGAGCGCUAUAGCGGAUGAAGACGAGAUAUCAGGUAAUGGCGGAAAAGAGAUGAUCGAGGCAUUGCUUGGAGCGUUUCGAUACGUUCAUCCAAAGGGAGAUUUUCAUUCGUUGGAAGAAUAUUUGAACUUUCGACGCUCGAACGUGGGAGCACAGUUUGUCAUUGCGGCCGCAAAGUUCACAAUCAAGUCUAGUGUAAACGUGCAUGACCCCCGAUUUGCCAGGUAUCUGAGGUUGAUUAGUGAUCACCUUGGGAUCAUCAAUGACAUGGCUUCCUACGAGAAGGAAUCUAGAGCCCUAAAGGAGGGUGAUACCCAGGACAUGAUAAAUAUUGUCGCGGUUUUCCAGCAUCUGAAAUCACUCUCAACCAGUGCGGAAGCAAAGGUGGCAGCAUAUACGUAUCAAUUACAAGUGGAAUCAUGGAUAAUAGAAGAAGUUGAGAUUUUAGCAGCUAGAGGACACUUGACAGAUGAGGAAUGGUGGUUUCUUGAGGCAGUUUUCAUGACAGCAACUGGAAACGUCUUUUUUUGUAUGACAAGCUCGCGUUAUGGAGGAGAUGCUGCCAAGCUGACGUGGUGA